UCUUCUUCCUUCCCUAUAAUAUCUCCCUAUAUUUGCAUUUUGCACACACACCCUUCCCUUCCCUUGGAGCUACAGUUAAACCCCUUUUUCUCCGCACCUCCCAUCGCAAACUACUAAUCGCAAUUCCCCAAUUUCCAUUCCCAUUCGCAAUUUCUAAUUCCUAAUUCCUAUUUCCUAAUUCCGAAUUCGUAUAUGGAUCAAAGCGAACAAGAAUCCGUGAAUUCCCAAUUCCACUCCCACUCGGCGUGCCUCGAAAUCCGCCUCUUCUAUGUCAGAGUCUCGCCCUGCCUCGUCGACACGCUCCCGGACCACCUCACCCUCCGCCACCCGCGCCGCCCCCCCGCCGUCUCCCUCGUCAUCAACGCCGCCCCCGUCCCCGCCUCCCACGCAGCCUCCCUCCCCCUCCGCCGCCACCGCGUCGACCGCCACGCCGCCGAGGUCACCUACCUCGCCACCGACACCGUCCGCCUCACCGGCCCCGCCGACUUCGAGGUCUACGAGAACGACAAGCUCUUCCUCUGCGGCUCCCUCGACGCCGACUGGGGGAACGCCUCCGGAUGGGUCAUGGACUGCCACCUCGCCGCCGGCUCCCUCGCCUCCGGCUCCUCCGCCUUCUUUAGACCCCGCCUCGGCGUCUCCGCUCCCUCCAUCGAGGUCUACGUCGCCGGCUGCUGCUCCGGCGUCCCCGUCAUUCUCACCAAGACCAUCCAGCUCUCUCCCAGGCGGAGGCUGCCCCGCCAUUCCACCCUCGACGCCAUUCCCGAAGACGACGAGACGGACAAGAAUCGCGUUACUGCCAACGCCUUUCUUUCUCACCGCAAGUUGCAGUUAACUGGGUCAGAAGUUGAUGAUUACGAUUCUGAUGGGAAGAUGGGGAAUGGUUUCUACUCUCAAGAGAUGUAUCCCGGCGAGGAUGGACAACUCUCAUGGUUCAAUGCCGGUGUUAGAGUUGGUGUUGGGAUUGGCCUUGGGAUGUGCGUAGGGAUCGGGAUUGGUGUUGGGCUGCUCAUGCGUUCAUACCAAACAACAACCAGGAACUUCAGGAGGAGAUUUUUCUAAACUGUAAUAAGGAAUUUGCUACUCUAGUUUAAUGACAAGAACAAGAAAAUAUAUUUGAGCUCAAUCAAGGGUGUGAUGGGACAUUCCUGGAGGAGGAACCAAAAUUCAACAAGUCAAAUGCAUGAAGCGUAAGUUUUGUAGCGUACUCUUGCGGAUACGUUCAUGUGGACUUGAAGAUUUGCAUUUCGUGUAAAUUUUAUCUGAUCCUCCCACAACAAUAGAUAUCAAUAAAAGAGCAAUACAACUGCUUUGAGGAUGUGGUGUGCCAGCAGGAUUUGGUGUUCAGUGACCAGCAUAAGGUUGCGAGAGAUUUUGACUGUCAACAUGUGCCGAGAUUUUACAGUUCGUUGGCUUGUAGAUACAUUUUUACCAUUUCUUACAAAUUUUGAGAAGUAUAUAAAUAUAUAUAUGUUAGAGUAGAGAAAAAGCAAGUCUUUCUAUUCAUAACACGCAAAAGGUAUAUAUACAAACUGAUACGGAGAAACAGGAAAAAAUAACCACGUAAGGAUAACCACCUAAUAACUGUUAUAGCACAAACAAGAAGCAUAUUUACAAACAUUCCAUUAUAACCAAGUAUAUAUAUUUUACACUCGAGGAUGAUUGACUGAGAGUAUUCAAGUACCUGGAAAAAGAAAAACAAGAAGUAGAAAAGACAAAAGUGGAAGGACAAAGAGAAUGAUGAUGGAGAGUUAAGAGAGGUUGAAAAAUUUAUAUGGGUCCUUUCCUACUCUUUUGCCUGUCUGCCUCUGCAGCAAAACGGACAAAAGUAGGACAGAGAAAUUUUUAGAGACAGAGGAUAGAGAGAAGCUAAAGAGAGUCAUUCUGGAAUCAGAAUUGCUUCAUCGUCCGAAGAGAAGUUCUGAAACAGCGUCCGAAUGUAUAAAAUAUUCAUAUUUUUUAAU